GUGACGUGGAGGAUUAAAAUCUCUGACCUUUUGAUUGGGAGUGCAUGUUUUAUGCCCGGUUGAGAUAUGCACAUAUUAGCUAAUGUAUAUGUCAACUCGAGUAUAACUCAAUUGGUUAGAACAUUACACAUUUUUCAUAAGAUUGAAGGGUUCAAAUAGGACGGAAAAAAAUUACCGUCCACAUUAGGAAGAAAAGAACUCCCUAUGAAUACAUGAGUUUGAAUGAAUAAUCUAAAUUUAGUAGAUCUAAACAAAUCGUAUGAUCAUAGCUUCAGAUUUAAUGAACUUUCUUCAAAAGCUUUAACCAUCUGUCAUUAAGUGAUCCAAUAUGAAAGAGAAGAAAUUAAAUUCCAUUUAGAGAGAGAACAAUACGUUGGCAAUUAAAUGGACUGUUAAAAACAUAAAAACAGCAACCGUUAAGCUCUUCUGGCCAUUACAAAAGUGGCUGAAGUUGGUAUAACUUUCAUCAACAAAGUUCUUCAAAACAAAAUAAAGAAGAAAAAACUCGAUCAAAUGGCCACUCUUAUUGCUCCCAAGUACUUCUCUCCUGUUGAAGAUGCUGAGAAUAUCAAGAACUCUUGUUUAGGUUGGGGAACAGAUGAGAAGGCCAUAAUCUCCAUUUUAGGCCACAGAAAUGCAACUCAAAGGAAGCUUAUAAGGUUGGCUUAUGAAGAAAUCUAUAAUGAGGAUCUCAUUCAUCAACUCAACUCUGAGCUUUCUGGAGAUUUUGAGAGCGCUAUAUCUCAAUGGACGCUUGAUCCUGCUGAUCGAGAUGCUGUUUUGGCAAACAAUGCAUUGAAAGCAUCGACGCCUGAUUAUCGUGUUAUCGUCGAAAUAGCAUGUGUUCAAUCUGCAGAAGAUCUCUUGGCGGUAAAAGGAGCUUAUCGGUUUCGAUUCAAACAUUCCCUUGAGGAAGAUGUUGCCUCUUCCACAACUGGGGAUAUCAGGAAACUUCUUGUGGCAAUAGUGAGUGCCUACAGAUAUGAAGGCGAUGAGAUUGAUGAAAGCACUGCCAUUUUAGAAGCAAACAUUCUUCAUGAUGCAGUAAAAGGCAAAGCUUUCAACCAUGAAGAGAUUAUCAGAGUCUUUAGCACAAGAAGUAAGCCACAGCUCAUUGCAACUCUCAAUCGCUAUAGAGAUAUCCAUGCCACAUCCAUUACCAAGGGUUUGAUGGGAGACUCAGCUGAUGAGUAUCUUGCUGCAUUAAGAACUGUUAUCAGAUGCAUUAGAGAUCCAAAAAAGUACUAUGCAAAGGUUCUGCGGAAUGCGAUGAACGCAGUUGGGAUCGACCGAGAUGCUCUUAGCAGAGUGAUUGUGACAAGAGCUGAGAAAGAUUUGAAGGAAAUUAUGGAACUGUAUUUGAAGAGAAACAAUAUAUCUCUUGAGGAAGCUGUGAACAGAGACAUAGGAGGAGACUACAAAGCAUUUAUUCUAGCACUUUUGGGCAGUGAUGAACCUAUGGACCUUAAGGAUUAAGCUCUAAAAUAGUUUCAUUCAUUUUUUUUUUUUUUCUCUACUUUUAGAAUAAGUUUGAUCAAACAUAGGACACUUUGGAUGAAUUAUAUGGUUAUAAUGGAAAUUAUUA